AUGGCGUCCACCAGCGUGGAGAGCCAGCUGCAGAGAAUCAUCCGCGAUUUGCAAGAUGCUGUGACAGAACUAAGCAGAGAAUUUAAGGAAGCAGGGGAACCCGUCACAGAUGACAGCACCAGCUUGCAUAAGUUUUCUUAUAAACUUGAGUAUCUCCUUCAAUUCGAUCAGAAAGAGAAGGCCACCCUCCUGGGCAACAAGAAGGACUACUGGGAUUACUUCUGUGCCUGCCUGGCCAAGGUGAAAGGAGCCAAUGACGGGAUCCGAUUCGUCAAGUCUAUUUCAGAGCUUCAAACAUCUCUGGGAAAGGGAAGAGCAUUUAUUCGCUACUCCUUGGUGCACCAGAGGUUGGCCGACACCUUACAGCAGUGCUUCAUGAACACCAAAGUGACCAGUGACUGGUACUACGCAAGGAGCCCCUUUCUGAAGCCAAAGCUGAGCUCUGACAUCGUGGGCCAACUCUACGAGCUGACCGACAUCCAGUUUGACCUGGCAUCGAGGGGCUAUGACCUGGAUGCUGCCUGGCCGACGUUUGCCAGGAGGACCCUGGGCACUGGCUCUUCUGCUUACCUAUGGAGACCCCCCAGCCGAAGCUCCAGCAUGAGCAGUUUGGUGAGCAGCUACCUGCAGACUCAGGAGAUGACCUCCCACCUUGACCUGAGCAACCCCUUAAACCACGAGGCACUGGAGGGCUUUGAUGAGUUGCGGCUGGAGCUGGACCAGUUGGAGGUGCGGGAGAAGCAGCUGAAGGAGCAGAUGCAGCAGCGGGAAAGAGAGAACCAGGAGCUGAGGGCGGCCGUCAGCCUGCACGGAGAGCAGCUGCAGGCAGAGAGAGAGAGGGGCCGCGCCGCCGCCGAGGACAACCUUCGCCUCGCCGGUGUGGUGGCCGCGCUCCAGGAGCAGUGGAAGGUCACCCAGGCCACACAGAACACUGUGAAGGAGCUGCAGAUGUGCCUGCAGGCCCUGGAGCUGGGGGCCUUGGAGAAGGAGGAGGAUUACCGCUCAGCCCUGCGGCGGCUGGAGUCCCUACUACAGCCCCUGGCUCGGGAGCUCGAGGCCACACAUGACUCCCUGAGCAGGAAGGACCAGCGCUCAGCUGAUGUCCCAGACCAGCUGGGCGCAGCCGAGCAGAAGGCUGACAUGGCACUGGACACAAAGGGGCGACAAAAGCGCGUCCCCAGUGACUCGCCCCUGGAGACUCAGGAGCUGGGGGAGAAGCUCCUGGAAAGGGAGAGCACCUGGGUCCAGGAGCUCAACAGGCAGCAGAGCACCCAGCUGGAGCAGCUGGCCAAAGAGCUGCAGCUGAAGGAGGAGGCCCGGGCCAGCCUGGAGCGCCUGGUGGAGGAGAUGGCCCCACUCCGGGAAGAGUUGUCCAGGAAGGGGCAGGAGGCAGCCCAGCUCCAGCGUCAGCUACACGAGUCGUUGGCCCACUUGAGCUCCCUGGAGGAAGAGCUCGCGGAGGGGAGGCGGGAGGAGCAGCGGCGGCAGGAGGAGAAGGGGCUGCUGGAGCAGGAGGCCAGGUCCCUGACGCGACAGCUGCAGCUCCUGGAGACCCAGCUGGCCCAGGUGAGCCAGCACGUGAGUGACCUGGAGGAGCAGAAGAAGCAGCUCAUCCAGGACAAAGACCACCUCAGCCAGAGGGUGGGCACGCUGGAGCGACUUGCUGCGCGGUCAGAUCUGCCCGUGGCAGCUGCGGAGCACGGGGCUCUGAGCCCCACCCGGCAGCAGGCCUGUGAGAAGCUGGAGGAGGAGCAGAGGGGCCUGUGGGCGGGACAGGUGGAUGAUCGCAAGAUGCAAGGGGCCGGCCAGGAGAAGACGCUCCAGCAGGCCAGCAGGGAGCUGGAGAAGGAGCUGCAGAACGUGCUGGAGCGCAACCAGCUGUUGGAGGAUAAGCUUCAGGCCCUGCAGGCUGACUAUCAAGCGCUGCAGCAGCGGGAGGCGGCCAUCCAGGGCUCCCUGGCCUCCCUGCAGUCAGAGCAGGCCAGCAUCCGGCACAUGGGAGACCAGAUGGAGGCAAGCCUCCUGGCUGUGAAGCAGGCCAAGGAGACCAUGAGGGCCCAUGUGGCUGAGAAGGAGGCUGCCCUGCAAAGCAAGGAGGCCGAGUGCCAACAGCUGCGGGAGCAGGUGGAGCAGUGGCGGCAGCUAGCGGAGGCCCGGGCCGAGGAAGUCAGGGCGCUUGAGGACCGGUGCCGCCAGCAGACCCAGCUGAUCGAGACCCUCAUGGCAGACAAAAGCCGACAGGAGUUCAGCCCACCACAAGACCACGCGUCCCAGGAGCUAGCAGCCCAGCUGGCCUUGUCUCAGGCGCAGCUGGAGAGCCAUCCGGGGGGGGCCCAGAGACUGCAGGCUGGGGUGCUGGACCUCCAGGCCAAGCUGCAGGCAGCCCUGGGUGACCGGGAGAAGGUGCAGAGCCAGCUGAGCGUGGCCGAGGCCGCUCUGAGGGAGCACAAGGCCCUCGUGCAGCAACUGAAGGAGCAGAACAAAGCCCUCACCCGGGCCCACGUCCAGGAGCUGCUGCAGUGCUCGGAGCAUGAAGGGGCGCUGCAGGAGGAGAGGGCCGGAGAGGCCCAGCGGAGGGAGGAGCUCCAAGUAGUGUGGGAGGAGCGGUCCCAGGCAACAGGCAGCUCCAAGGAGGCGCAGCUAGAACCUGCUGAGCUGCAGGAGCAGCCGCACCGGGCCAACACGGAUAUGGCCGAGCUCGGCAUCCAGGUCUGCGCGCUGACCGCGGAGAAAGAGCCGCUGGAGGGGGCGCUGGCCCGCGCCAUGCAGGAGCUGCAGGAUGCCAAAGAGGCAGCCUCCAAGGAGCGGGAGGGCCUGGAACACCAAGUGGCAGGGCUGCAGCGAGAGAAGGAGAGCUUGCAGGGGAAGCUGAAGGCAGCUGAGGAGGCAGCUGGCUCACUGCCUGGCCUGCAGGCCCAGCUGGCCCAGGCCGAGCAGCAGGCCCAGAGCAUCCAGGAGACUGCACGCCAGGAGCUCGACACCCUCAAGUUCCAGCUGAGCACCGAGAUCAUGGACUACCAGAGCAAACUUAAGACCUCCAGUGAAGAAUGCAGGAGCCUCAGGGGCCAGUUGGAGGAGCAAGGUCGGCAGCUACAGGCCGCCGAGGAGGCUGUGGGGAAGCUGAAGGCUGCCCAGGCCGAUGCGGCAGAGAAGCUGAGCUGCACCAGCAAGCACCUUGCCGAGUGCCAGGCCGCCAUGCUGAGAAAGGAUGAGGAGGGGGCCACCCUGCGCCAAGACUUGGACAGGACCCAGAAGGAACUUGAAAAAGCCACGACAAAGAUCCAGGAGUAUUACAACAGACUCUGCCAGGAGGCGACAGACAGGGAAAAGAAUGACCAGAAGAUGCUUGCUGACCUGGAUGACCUGAAUAGAACCAAGAAGUACCUGGAGGAGCGGCUGAUAGAGCUGCUCAGGGACAAGGACGCUCUCUGGCAGAAGUCAGAUGCCCUGGAAUUCCAACAGAAGCUCAGUGCUGAGGAGAGGUGGCUGGGGGACACGGAGGCGAACUACUGCUUUGACUGCAAGCGGGAGUUCAGCUGGAUGGUGCGGCGGCACCACUGCAGGAUAUGCGGCCACAUCUUCUGUUACUACUGCUGCAACAACUACGCUGUGAGCAAGCACAGCGGCAAGAAGGAGCGCUGCUGCCAGGCCUGCUUCCAGAAGCUGAGCGAGGGCCCCGAGUCCCCCGACAGCACCAGCUCGGGCACCAGCCAGGGAGAGCCCAGCCCCGCCCGGUCACCAGCCCAGGCCGCACCCCAGGCCACCGGAGGCCAAGGUGCUAAUACAGACUGCCGGCCGCCAGAUGAUGCCGUGUUUGACAUCAUCACAGAUGAGGAGUUGUGCCAGAUACAGGAGUCCGGCUCCUCCUUGCCUGAAACACCCACCGAAACUGAUUCUCUUGACCCAAACGUGGCUGAACAGGACACCACGUCAAACUCGCUAACCCCUGAGGACACUGAAGACAUGCCCGUGGGGCAGGAUGCUGAAAUCUGCUUGCUGAAGUCGGGAGAACUGAUGAUAAAAUUACCCCUCACAGUGGAAGAGAUCACCAGCUUCGGGGAGGGCAACAGGGAGCUGUUUGUGAGGUCCAGUACCUAUAGCCUCAUCCCCAUCACUGUGGCCGAGGCAGGCCUCACCAUCAGCUGGGUCUUCUCCUCUGACCCCAGGAGUAUCUCCUUCAGUGUGGUGUACCGGGAGGCAGAGGACACGCCGCUGGAUCAAUGUAAGGUGCUCAUUCCCACAACCCGAUGCAAUUCCCACAAGGAGAACAUCCAGGGCCAGCUCAAGGUCCGCACACCAGGCAUCUACAUGCUCAUCUUCGACAACACCUUUUCCAGGUUUGUCUCCAAGAAAGUAUUUUAUCACUUAACGGUUGACCGGCCUGUGAUCUAUGAUGGAAGUGAUUUCCCGUAGCCUCAAGCACGUGGAUUUUAAUAGUUUCCCAUUACCCACAGGAGACACUACUCUUC